UCUGGGAAGGUUGGCAAUAGAUCGCUGUUGGCAACAUGUGUUCGGAUUUGGUUCGGUGAAUUUGUGUUCAGAAAUGGCAUUCCCUCUCGGAUUCUAACUAUUCCGAUCAUCCAAUUUUUCCAUAACUGUAAGUGUUAAAUUGUUAUCGAUUUCACGGCCCCUGAUUGCAUAUAUUCGUCCCGUACCAAGAUCGAAUCGUUAAAACAGUUGUUUUGAAUUUCCUGGUAAACUAUAGUUACGGCACAAGCAUCGGUUCUUAACCUCGAUGGGUCAUACAAUUGUAAUUUAAUUUCAACUGUGAUUAAUCGCAUUUUAUCGUGGUCAAUUCUCAGUGUUGUGAGUAAGUUGAGAUGACUUUACGUUUGUUUACUUGGCCGGACGUUCCUUGUGUCGCUGAGUUAGCCCCUAGUCCCUUUGUAGAGGUUAAGUUGAAUUCGCGACGUUCGGAAUGUUUAACAUUUGUUUUUCUUCUUUUUCCAGAUAGGUCCCUUUUCUUUCUAAUCAUUGCAGCCCACAACUUCAAUUAAGGUGUUGGGCUUUGUAGGCCAUUAAAAUGGCAACAGAAAUGAAUUAUGACAAGAUCAGACACUUCUUUUCUGACGAGGUGUGGGAUGCAAUGCCAGACAUUGAAAGGACAGCAAACUUGGCAAGAUUCAACGCCUACGUCUCUAUGCUUAUGAAUGGCUGUCCCAUGAAAGCUCCAGCAUUCAUGUCACCCGAAGAGCCAAAGCCAAGUAGAAAGAAAGGUGGCAGUUCUACUCGUACUCAGCCUAAACCCACUAAUCCUGCUCCAACACGCAGAAGUUCAAGGCAAGCUAACUUGACAUCCAUCCAAAGUGCAAGCUCCAAUCAAGGAAACUCAUCUCAGCCUGACCUAACUUCAAUGGAGUCAGGGAGAAACUGCUCUUCAGAUAACAGAGAAGGGAGGAAUGAUAUAACAAUGCCAAUUACCCAAGCUGAUAAUCCUUCUCCUAACAUGCCUAAUUUUGUGAGAGAUCCUACCCCUCGUUUGCCAUCCCCUUCACUGGAUUCAAGUGUGAAUUUCUCUUCUGGAAAUGCCACCCACAAUUCACUGCCUCUGAGAACUGAUGCAGUUGUUGAGGAUUCGACAUUUGAUGAGUUUCCAGGCAUUCAUAGCUCUGAAGACCUACUUUCUUUGAGAUCAUCAUCCCCUUGUAUGGAUUUCGAUGAAGUUAUGUCCUCGUUCGCUUCUGCAAAUGAGCAGUCUGAAGCAAUUGAAGAUAGCCUUUCAAACAUGACUAGGCACAUGCCAAGAAACAGCUCUUCUCUGGGGUCGCCAUCUGCAGUAUAUGAAAGUUGCGGUCCCCAACACACAUCUAACAGCCAGCAGCGAGAGGGAGAUGAUCUUCAGAUGUCUUCAAGCAUCCAUGAUCCUUGGAAUAAAGAAAAUAUUUCACCAACAUGGGGAGAAACGCAAGCUAUGAAUAGCAGGGCUGCUGCUGAGACAAGCUCGACUGCAGAGGCAAGCUCAACAAUGCAGUCAUUCAGAACAGCUUCUUCUCUUUUUAAUGUGCCCAGAUGUCUUGCUGGUCCUUCAGCCCUGCCAUUACAGUCUGUGAGACCCGCUUCUAAUUUUGUGCGGACACCUGCAGUAGCUCCUACAGCCUUGCCUGAACAUUCGUCUGUCAGACCCGCUUCUAUUCUAAUGAUGGGACCAUCUGCAACUUCCUCAUGCCAUUCCCUGCAAUAUGGUAUGCGUGCAGCUGCUUCAUCAGCUUCAACACUGGUCUCAGUUCGACCGGCCUGCACUCAAAGCACAAGAUCACCUUCUCUUUUGGUGGGGACACCAGUAAGCCCUUCAACCUUGCCUGAACAAUCUGUCAGACCAUCUUCUUCUUUCAUGCUGCGACCAUCUGCAACUUCCUCAAGCCAUACAUAUCAGUAUGGCACGCCUGCUACUGCUUCAUCAAGUUCAGCACUGCCUGCAGUUAGACCAGGCUGCUCUCGAGGAUCAUCUGCAUCACCACACCAGCAGGCAUUAGUAGCCCCUCUAUCUAGUGAUUCCAAUUAUUUUGUUUUCCUGAACCAGGAGGAUAGAGUCAUACGUUUAAUUCAAGAGCGCCUUGCUGAGUUAUCUCUAGAAUACAACAUCUUAGAAAUAAUCCAGGCUAGUAAAGACCCUCUUCUGAGAGAACUUGAUGAAAAUGGUAUUGUAUAUGGUGCAGAAAGAAAAAGGUUCAUUACAAUAAUUACAGACCAUUUAAUAUCAGAAGCAGGAUCUGUUCUCAAUGUUACCACAAGGCAGAGGGAGGCAGCGGCAAUUAGUAUUGUGAAAACAUUACCUAAAAUGAGGAAGCAUCUUGUUAAAGAGUCAGACCGGCCCUGGCAUCAUUUCUUUGGAGAAGGAAAUAUGGGCUUCCUUGCUCACAGCAUAAUUACAAACCAAAGAAGUCUCAAAAGAAAAACUGGUCAGGGUGUGCGAAAUGCACCCUCUGUUCCCAAAGGACCGAAAGUGCCAAGAAAACUGUUACCACCUCCAGACGACACACCUGAUGAUUCGCCUGACCCUGUCAGUUUUGUGCAAGAUGUUUCUGAGCUGAGUCAGACUAUGCCUACCAUUGGCAACAAAGCAAAUGUGCUUCAUCUUAUGUCUCAAACUUACACAAGGCGUAGGGAGAAGAUGGCAAAAAAGGAAUUAAACACAGGGAGGAUUAUUGAGGGUUUCCCCCACUUUCUGUCCUAUCAUGGAGAGCUGAUCGAGCAAGAGUUUAACACUUUAUACCCAAGCAGGCAGGGUGUCUUUUUCAGAGAGUUCAUGGUUGAUAUGGUGCCUAAAAUUUUAGCAAUUGUCAAGGAUGAUCAGAAAUUCAUGGAAUGUGUAAAUUGGACAUCAAAUGAUGCCUUGAACGCUCUUUAUUGCCUUACCAAGUUCCUACCAACACCUCGCAGAACUUUUGAGCAUGAAAGGAAGAUGCCUCUACAUGCCCGCACUUCUGACCUACUUUUCAUAGUGCCUCUGGGUAGUGAUCCUCAACAACAGGCAGACCAAAGGAGAAGUGAAUCAGAGUACAUGAUUCAGCCCCAUCUCAUGACUGUAGGAAAUGGCAGGGAUGCAAAAAUUUUCCUUGUGCUUGGAGACUCUAAGUUGUUGGAGCUAAGUAGAGCAGCCACCUUAACAAAUGCUACUGAUCUCUUGUUAAAGUCAUUUUUUGUUUUUAGUGCAUAUUUCCCUCUAGGGUGGAAAAAUGCCUUUAGAUUUCUCCAAUUAUAUGUUUACAAAAUUCCUUUAGAUAGUGCAAGAGAGAGCUCCUUUCCUGAGCACUAUCUUAGACUCAAAAACAUGUCCAUUCAAUAAUUUUAAAUUAUUUUUAAUUCUUGAAUUCUUGUUAACAGUCACAUGUUUCCAUUGUCAAACUCACCAAGUCAAUUGUGUUGUUUGUUAAAUAUUGUUUAAUAUUGAAUAUUAAGUUAAGUUUUCAGUGUCAAUGUUACUGUACAAUGUCAAUCUAUGUUAUUGUAUAUAUCUCUUAUUAUAUGUUUUCAAAAUUCCUUUGGAUAGUCCAAGAGAGAGCAACUUUCUUGAGCUCUAUCUUGACUCAAAAACAUUAGAUUUAAUAAUUUUAAAUUAGCUUCUUUAAUCCUUGUUACCAGUCACAUGUUUCCAUUGUCAAACUCACCUAGUCAGUUGUGUUGUUUGUUAAACAUUGUUUAGUAUUGAUUAUGAAGUUAAGUUUUCAAUGUCAAUGUACAAGUCAGUCAAUGUUAUUGCACUUGUUUCCCCAAAAAUUGAUCUUUUUACUUCUAAUAAUAAUUAUUCAUUUAUUAUACAUUUUGUACGGACUGAAGGAUGUGAUUUUGCCUUCUUGCAAAGCAAAAUUAUUGCUUAUUAAAAAUAUAUGUCAAUCAAUAUUGAAUUAUCAAUUAAGAGUGCAGCCUCAACUUCAUACGAAGUAUUAUCUUCGCAUCACACGAAGAAUCAUUCCUUUCAUUCCGAGCCCUCUCAUCUUUGUGACCAACGAAGUCAUUUC